AUGGCGGCGAUGGCGCCGGCGAUGAACUCGAUUGGGGGCUCGCGCAGCCUGCUCCCCUCCGCGCAGCAGCUGCAUGGGCCGGGCCGGCACCUCCAGAUUCUCGACCACACGGUCCACAGGAUUGACGUGCACGCAAAGCCAAACGGCGAGGACGACAAGGAGAUGGUGGUGUCGAACCUGCGCCACUUCACGCUCAAGAUUGGCGUCAUCGACCCGCGCUGUGGCAUCGGCCGCGACGCGGAGCUGCCCCUCAAGGCGGAGCUGCUCUAUGAGAACGGGCAGCUGGUCGAGCAGCUCGCGACCUGCGAGCCGCUCCUCGUCGGCAAGACGGAGGUCGUGGCGAUGCAGGGCACCGCCAUGUUCAAGCUCCGCAUCACCUCCCUCUCCAGCCACAGAGACAAGCAGCGCUUCCGCAUCCGCGGCGCGCAGAUCGAGGCGCUGCAGGGGGCUGCCAGCUCCAUCCUGCUCCAGCUCGAGACGCUGCGCGAGCUGCUGCAAAGGGCGGUCGGCGACGCCGUCGCGCCCCCCACGCCCGCCAAGCCCGCCAAGCCCGUACCUGUGGUCGACCCAGGGUCUCGCUCUUGUGUUGCCGCGCGGCGCGUGUGCGCCCCUGUGGCGGUGGCGAUGUUCAUCACGUCGGUCGUCUCGCCCUCUCCCGACUCCAGCGUCACCGUCUCGCGUCUCGCGGGAGAUGUGACGGUCCGAGAGGACGAAUAA